AUGGGUCUUGGGUCUCUGCCUUACCGCCUUUUGAAAGCCUUUUACGGCCCUCUUGGUGGCCACUCCUCUACCUCUCCACCGCUUCGUGCGACAUUAUCCUCCCUUGACGCUCACCGAAGCGUGGUUGGUGCGUCAAUUACCACUCGUGGACCAUCGACGACAGUUAUUGAAUCUUCUCGAAUGAGUGGAGGCAAAUAA